AUGCAGCCUUUCAGGGAACCUCGGCAGAGUAGUAUAUCUAGUCAACAACCCCCUCCGAUUCUCAAACGCGUCGGACCGAACCGCAAAAAGAACUGGAUCCUGUACGAAUCAGACAACUCGAUUGACUUUCUAAUAUGGUGGGCCAAAACGGAAUACGGGCAAGUGCGGAAUAGCGAAGGCCGUUCUAGAAUCAAGUGGUCGAUAGAGUCGCAUUAUGCCGAAGUUUGGGGACACUUCGACCAAGUUGCGGACAUUUUAACUGGCCGACCUAAGGUAAUUUGCAGGUCCUGUUUGACUUUGUUAGACCACCCGCAACAUAAGAAGCAUGGGACAAGCGCAAUGGGAAAACAUCAGAGAUCCAAGGCUUGUCGACAGGGCCAGAAAAGAUCUUACCGUCAGACAAUCGCAACAAACUCUAUCCAGAAGGCCUUCCUGGGAGCUUCAUCCAAUUGCAAGAGGUUUACUACAUUGCAGCUCGAAGAAAGGUUGCUAAAGAUGACAGCAUGUUUACGAUUGCCUUUCCAAACCAUUGAGAAUCCCGAGUUCCAAGCACUGCUCAACCUGAUUUACUCCGGCCCAGGGGAAUUAGAAAUCCCUUCCGCAAAGACCCUGCGACGUCGCUUGCGUGACUCUGUUGCAGCCCAACAGGAGUCUCAGUUACAAGACCUACCCAAAGAUGCGAAAAUUUCCCUCGCCCUGGAUUGCUGGACUAGUCCCUUUCAGCAAGCGUUUAUGGCGAUUACCGUAUACUUCAUCGACAAAGAUUGGAACUACCGUGAAAUGCUUCUUGGGUUUGAACCUCUACACGGAGCUCACAGUGGAGUUAAUCUGAACGAAGUGCUUCUUCAGUUGCUUAAGGACAGACAACUCCUGGAUCGUAUCUUCAGUGUGACUACAGACAAUGCAACAAACAACGAGACCCUCAUCCGAGCCCUGCAGGAGUCACUUAUAUCGAGCGGCGCCAUUAGUACAAGGGAAUCUAUUGUCCGCGUGCCAUGUAUGGCUCACGUGAUUCAGCUUUGCCUCAAGCAACUGCUGGGUCAUAUUAAAGCCGCUCCAAAGAACAAAGAAGUGAGAAGGUUUUGGUCUGACACACAAGCUGUCUGCCUAAGAGAAUCUCUAGAGUAUGGUGAUGUGGCACAUACUCUCGCAAAGGUCUGUUUGACCCCCCCCCCUAAAAAGAUCACGGGAGCUUUCGUUAACGUUCGUCUUUUCGUAGAUUCGGUCACUUGCUGUCUUUGUGAAUGCAAGCCCGCAGCGGAGGGACGCCUUUCUAUGUCUUCAAUCGGGUGGGACUCGGCUAUUCCCCAUCCACGACGUGCAGACUCGCUGGAACUCCACCUUUUUAAUGCUUCGAAGAGCGCGCCGGCUCAGGAGCACCAUCGAUAA